AUGUCUGUAUCGGAGACAAGGUCGCCGGUGCCACCAUUCUCGGAGUCAAGGUCGCCGUUGCCGCUUCUAUACCGGCGGCAUUCGAGCGGCGAAAUACGCAACUUAGCCUCAAUUUCCAGCAGUCUCUUGCCAGCUUUUGGCACAGUUAUGGGUGAAGGAUCGGUAAAAUUGAAAAAAUUUGUGAUUGCACCCUAUGAUCGAAGAUACAGGUGGUGGCAAGCAUUUCUUGUGUUAUUGGUGGUGUACUCAGCAUGGUCAUCCUCAUUCGAGCUAGCAUUUAGAGAAAUGGGAACGGGUCCACUCCUGCCUUUUGAUUUGGUGGUUGAUGCCUUCUUUGCGAUUGAUAUUAUUCUCACUUUUUUCGUCGCUUAUUUGGACAAAUCGACUUAUUUGCUUGUCGAUGAUCACAUAAAAAUAGCUUUGAGGUAUGUGUCGAAUCUGUGGUUCCCAAUGGAUGUGGCCUCAACCCUGCCAUUCCAAUCCAUAUACAGAAUUUUCACUGGGAAAAGGCACGAAGGGGAUGUCUUCGGCUUCCUCAACAUGCUCAGGCUUUGGCGACUCAGGCGUGUCAGUGAAUUCUUUUCUAGGCUAGAGAAGGACACUCGAUUUAGCUAUUUUUGGACAAGAUACUGUAAACUGAUAUGUGUGACAUUAUUUGCUGUACACACGGCAGGCUGCUUCUACUUCUGGCUCGCGACUCAUUAUAGUCGGUCAGAUAAUACUUGGAUUGGGGCUCAAGUUCCUCAUUUUGAAGAAAGGAGUGUCUGGCUAGGAUACACCUAUUCCAUGUAUUGGUCAAUUGUUACCCUUACAACAACUGGAUAUGGAGAUUUGCAUGCACAAAACACGGGGGAGAAGAUUUUCUCCAUAUUCUACAUGCUUUUCAACAUCGGCCUUACUGCCUAUUUGAUCGGGAACAUGACCAAUCUUAUUGUCCAUAGUUCUGUCCGGACAUUUGCCAUGAGGGAUGCCAUCCAUGAGAUCUUGCGAUAUGCAAGCAAGAAUCGACUUCCAGAAGGCUUAAAGGAGCAAAUGCUAGCACAUGUGACACUUAAGUUCAAAACAGCAGAACUUCAGCAAGAAGAAGUGCUGCAAGACUUGCCAAAGGCAAUUAGAUCUGGCAUUGCUCAGCAUCUCUUCCGCACUAUAGUAGAAAAUUCCUACCUUUUCAAAGGAGUAUCUGAAGACUUUAUUGUCCAGUUGGUUCCAGAGAUGAGAGCAGAAUAUUUUCCCCCCAAAAUGGAUAUUAUCAUACAAAAUGAAAUACCAACAGAUUUCUACAUUAUAGUAUCUGGAGCAGUGGACGUAAUAACACACAAUAAUGGAACUGAACAGUUCCUGUCAAAAUUAAUGUCCCCAGAUAUGCUUGGAGAAAUUGGGGUGAUCUUCAAUAUCCCUCAACCUUUCACAGUGAGAACAAAGAGGCUUUCUCAGGUCAUUCGGAUUAGUCAUAAUCAUUUCAAGCAACUGGUGCAGCCGCUUAGUGAAGAUGGGAAGAUUGUUCUCUCUAAUUUUCUUCAGCAUUUGAGGGGCCUAAAAAAGGAGGAGCUAGAGGAGAUACCAUUUGUAGAUGAAUAUCUGGCUGACUCAAACAUUGAGGCCAUACAAUCAAUACAUGAACCACAAAAUUAUGGGGGACCGAACCAAGAAUCAAACGGAAUCCCAACAUUUUAUGCAUCAUCAAAUACCCUUCCUGCAAGGGUUGUACUCCACGGGCAUCAUCCAGAUGACAAACAAGAACAAGAACAAAAUGGGGGAAAACUAGCACAUCUACCUGAUUCAAUGGAAGAUCUUCUGAUAUUAGCAGAAAGGAAGUUGGGCAAAAUAGGAACCACAGUUCUCAUGGCUGAUGGCUCCCUAGUGGAAGAUUUAAGUGCUUUAAGAGAUAACGAUCACUUAUACAUAUUUUGA